UUGAGAAGGCAGGCGUUAAAGAAGCACGCACGCCACUCUCUUCUGUGUUUGGAUGAAUUCAUUUUUGGCGGUCAGAUGCUGCGCACAAACAAAACAACGACGAGAAGAACGCAUCUAUAAAUAAAUGCAUUUUCAUUGAGAAUAAAUACAAAGAAAGAAAGCAGAAACAAAACAAAAAAAUACAAUAAGUAAUUCACUGACAAAAAUAUUGCAGAAUAUUUAAUUUAAUUUGAAAUGGAAGUUAAAGGCAAUAGUGACCAAGAAGAGAUUAUCGAUAACCUUCAGAAAUGGUUUGAAGAUAAUACAAAAUUGCCCAAUAAAAUUGAUCGCAUUGUUCUGACGCGUUUCUAUUAUUGUAUGUUCAAGAAUGUUGAAGAAACCAAAAAACUACUAGAAGUUAAUUACGCGAUGCGUAAUAAAUAUCCAGAACUAUUUAUACAACGAGAUCCGGAAGAUGAGGAUACGGAAAAUACAUAUGCUUUUACCUAUAUGGUUCCCUUGCCGGGAUUGACACACAGAAAUUAUCGAGUAACCUAUGUACGCUUUAAGAAUCCGGAUCCCAAAAUGAUGCAUUUUACACAAGACGCCAAAACUCUCCUGAUGAUUGGUGAUUGUCGUUUUACAAUGCCCGAUGCCGUGGUCAAUGACAUUCCAGUUGUGGCCGAAGGUGAUGUUCUUGUCAUGGAUAUGGAGGGUUACCGUAUGCAACAUGUUGCUGGCGUAUCGUUGAGGACUCUACGCAUAUUCUUAAAAUUCCUACAACAGGCCUAUUCGGUGCGUAUCAAAGGCUUGCAUUUCAUUAAUUGUCCAUCGUAUUUGAAUAAAAUCAUGGCUGUGGUUAAGCCCUUUAUUAGCAAGGAGGUCUAUGAUAUGAUGCACUUCCAUGUCACUGGCUUGGAUACUUUAUAUGCCCAUGUACCUCGUGACAUACUCCCCGAAGAAUGCGGCGGACAUGCCGGUAAAAUUGAAGACUUGAGUGACCGGUUCUACAAACAGCUAUUAUCCAAAAGAGGCUAUCUAAUGGAUCCGAAAUAUUGGGUCAUCGAAAAAGUAUAGUUCCCAAGACCAUUUUAUGACAAUAUAAUUAAAAUAAGUAUUUAAAUAUAUGGGCUUUAAUAAAUAGCAUCGACAAAAAUAUUUUAAAUAA